UUCGUGGGACUGUGUGGCUCUCUCUGUACCUCUUAUACCCAAAACCCACACACCUCAGUUAUUCUUACUAUGCUUGUUUUGCUUCAGUAACUCAACCCUGAAAUGCUGCUCUUGUUCUCUAUCUCUACUGAGCUGUUGUUGUUGGGUUUGGGAUUGGCUGAAUGAGCUUCCAUGCCUUCACUAGAGAUUGCUGUUGCUCAGCCUGGCUUCCAAAACCAUCUAUGUACACUCAGGGCUCAAACCCCUCUUCAUAGUAAAGUAAUUUCAAGUCCAUUCACCUUCGGAAUUGACAAGAAAUUGUCCUCCUCGUGGAAAUCCUCAGAGAGAUCGAAAAAGACGUACUUCAGCUUGGGGAAUGGUAAGACCCUGAGGAGUAGACUAGUGAUCCAAGCAGUUGCUACUUUUGAAGCAAAAACUCUUGUUCAUAAUGAGAAUGGACACAUGAGUUACGACAGUUCAAAACUGAAUAAGGAUUUGAGUCCCGUUCAGCUAGAGUCUUCAAGUGAUGAUUCCUCAGAAAUGGAUGAGAAAGAGAAGUUAAGGCGAAUGAGGAUUUCUAAAGCAAAUAAAGGGAACACACCUUGGAACAAAGGCAGAAAGCACAGUCCCGAAACCCUUCGGCUGAUCAAAGAAAGAACAAGGCUUGCAAUGCAGGAUCCUAAGGUCAAAAUGAAGUUGGUCAACCUUGGGCAUGCUCAAACGAAGGAGACAAGAACAAAAAUUGGGAUUGGAGUUCGGAUGGGGUGGGAAAAACGGCGGAAGAAGCUGUUAUUGCAGGAAAACUGCUGUUAUGAAUGGCAAAACUUAAUUGCUGAAGCCUCUAGACGAGGUUAUGAUGGUGAGGAGGAGUUGCAAUGGGAUUCCUACAAGAUCUUAGAUGGAAAGCUUACGGAGGAAUAUAUAGAGAGUGUUGAACAAAGGAAGACAAUGCGCAGGCCAAAAGGAAGCAAGAGAGCCCCUAAAUCUCUUGAGCAAAGGAGGAAAAUCUCCCAAGCAAUCUCAGCAAAAUGGAAUGAUCCGGAGUACCGUGAUCGGGUUUGCUCUGCCUUGUCAAAAUAUUAUGAUGCAUCAUACGGAGCUGAAAGGAAGCCAAGAAAAAGGUCACCUAGUAAUACAGAGUCCCCAAGAAGGAGCCCUACAAAGAAAAAGGAGAAGGUUUCUGAAGAAAAAAAGGUUUCAAGGAAUGAGAUUAAACAACAGAAACUGAAAUCGAGGAGAAGUAAAGGACCCAUGUAUAAGGAUCCUCUGGCAAGUUCUAAGAUGGAGAUGAUAAAGAAUAUUAGAGCACAAAGAGCAGCUACUGAAACCAAAAAAACUGAAGCCAUAGAACGAGCUAGGCUAUUGAUUGCUGAAGCUGAGAAGGCUGCCAUGGCUCUUGAGGCUUCUGCAACAAGGAGCCCUGUUGCUCGAGCUUCCCUCAUUGAAACACGACAGCUUAUAGCUGAGGCAAUUCGGUCAAUUGAAUCUAUAGACACAAUGCAGAGCUUUACACGUGAGAAUGAAGAGUCUUCUGUUGCAUCAGAUGAAAUGAUCAGCCAAAGUCAGAAGGAAAACUGGUUUUGGGGUCUGACUGAAGCAGAUGAUGAAAGGGUAAAUGGCACCCGAACCUAUGCAUCCCAUAAGAAUGAAAUGCUCUCAGUCGCACCAAAUGAAUUGUGUAGCCUAAUUGAGAAGGAAAAUGGGACUUGGGGUCUGGCUGAAGCAGAUAAUGGAAAGGUAAAUGGCACACCAACCUAUUCCACAUUUGAGAACCCAAACCCUCUAUUCACAUCAGAUGAAGUGCAUAGCCAGAUAGAGAAGGAAACAGAUACAGGGUUUGGUGGUUUGACGGAAGCAAAUAAUGGCAAAGUUAAUGGCACCCAAACAUUAUCGUCAGUUAAAGACGAGAACGUUGUCUUUGACAAGUUCACCUUGCAGGAUAUGCUACGUGAUGAAGUUGACGUUUCCUCAAUGAGCUCCGACGAUGAUGAUGCUUUGCUGCUGUCUAGUUUGGAGCAAUCAGGUUCGAGCACUCAGUUGGACGAAAUAGAACCUAAUGAGACUACUGAAUGCAACAAGAAUCUUCAACUCAAUGAGACCAAAGUUGGACUCCAAGGAGAUGAAAUACCUUCAACAAUGGCUACUGUAACUAAGAAAUGGGUCCGAGGAAGGCUUGUUGAAGUACCAGAAGAAGCUUAGGUACAGCAAAUUCCCGAAUUUCUUCUGAACAUUUUGAUCCCCAAGGCCUGUCUUGAUCGCAUCUGCUACUAGCAAAACAUCAGGGAUGUCUUGCUUCAUACCUGAGGUUGGCCACUGCUAGUUUCACAUAGAGCUGAUAGUAUUCGUCAACAUGAUUGUUUUUACAUAAUACUGUUGAAGAAUUCUCUUGCGCAUUUGUAGCAGUGGAAGGUAGCAUCCCUUAGCCUUAUUUGAUAUUGAAGAUACUUUACAUUUUACAGAUCUGUAAUAUGCUAUAUUCAACUGCCAACUAUAGCACCUUUUUUCUCAAAUAGUAAAUGGUUUAUUUUUGUGACCAAUGUUAACUAUGAAGCAACCAUAUAUGAAUAUUGUUAUUUGGGUU